AUGUCUGGCACCUCGGGAAACUCGACUCGCAACUGGGACGACGUGCUCAAGCACGGCUCGGCCCUCGGCAUCCUCAAGCCUGAUGUUGCCUUCCCCCCUUACGGCGGCUCCACCUCGGGUGGCUCUUCGGGGUCUAACACGGGCGGCUCUUCCGGCGGUUCCUCAUACCCAUCUGGCGGUAAUGUAGGAUCGCGGCGCAGCCCCACGGCCGCAUGGUUCCACGUGGAGACACAAGGCGGACCCCAAGGUUACCUAAACCAACGCUUGAAUCCUGCCGCUGACCACCAGUCUCAUGUCACGCCUGCCUGCGUCGUCGUGUGCAUGAGUCCCAGGGAUCUGGUCAGUUCGGGUAGCUCCGAAGGAGCCGUGGGGAGCUUGGCAUGCAGUGCCUCACCAUCAGCCCUACCUGACGCACCCCGAACACGGCGAGCUUCUCGGUGCUCGGGUGCUGCACGUGAUUAUACCGAGUCGUGCAGGCCAGAAUCAAAUUACUAA